GUCAUCUCGGGCAGAGUUGUCAAGAACUCAUCAUCAGGCAGGCUAAUCCGGGAAGGAAAAACGCCGAUAAACAGGUGCGUUUGGGGCCCUUAGUCGUGGCUGCAAUCCAGGAGAGAAUCUUUUCCACAUCACUAACACCUCCUGUAGUGCGGCUCCCCAACUACCCAGCGAGACCUUAUCAUUUUCUUAUCACUCAAUUCCGUGAACUUGUGUGCCCGCGAGAUUAGGGACGUCGUGCUACCGCACAGUGUACGAUAGCUGUGAGGUGCGUCUGUGUCGGUGGCGAGGACAGCAUGGGCAAGUGAAUGCUAUUAUCACUUAUCAGUUCAGCAGAGAUUUACGAGCUCGAAAUCACAGAGUGGCAACGCCGGUGUCUUUGACAGAGGAGUCUCGUCUGUAUCUCUCUGUGUGUUGUGGGAAUUCUCCUAUCUGUGGGUGGAUGCGUGGCAUCAUUCUGUGUGGUUCCUCUAAUCCUUGCUGGCACACCCUGUGUAGAGAGAGAGAAAAAGAAAGAAAUUAAAGGAAUUUCCCUUUGAGAGGGAAUAUUGUACCGAAUUGGCGUGUAGGAUUGACUUGUGAAGAUGUACAGAAGAGUGAAUGUGAUUGAUCCGUACGAGGGGAGUCUGGAGCAGGGUCUCGACGACAUGGAUGACCGUGACAGCAUUUACCUGGAUACCAUCUCAGUGGCUUCAGAGGCCAUCAAUAGGCGCUCCCUCACACUCUCCCGGCAGACAAUCUACCAUUCAGCUGAGGAUCUGUACGAGGAGAAUGGUGCUCUUGAGGAAGAGGAUGAUGUGGAUGCAGCAACACCAACGCCAAUCAACAUUCCUCCCGUUGUGGCCAAAGGGAACAACGUGACCAAGUACCGUGAGGCAUCGGAGAAAAAUGAUGAGACCUGGAGGCGUUUUCAAGAUGGUGAACGUACGGUGGAUUUUGUCCUGUCCUACCAAGGGGAUGAUCCCGAUCCAGGCAAUGCGGAGAAGAGGGAGGCCUUCGAGAGGAAUCUCAUGAGUGAGGGAUUGGAAUUGGAGGUGGAGAAGAACCAAAGGAUACAUUUUGUGAAGAUUCACGCGCCCCGAGAGGUUUUGUGUCGUUUCUGUGAGAUUCUAAAAAUGCGAAUGCCCAUAAAGAGGAUUGAGGGCUCUGAGGACAUUAUUCAGGAUGAAUUUCACUUGCUGGAUGAAAUGAAAUCCUUCUUCGGGAAGCCCUUUGAAUUUGUUAAGCUCGACCCAGCGCUCUUUCCGGAGCGGAAUAAAGAGCUAAGGGCGGAAUUUUCACGUGAAAAGAGCUACCUCUUUGAUACAGAUCGACCGGAUUUCUUCACGACAGACGUGAGAAUUGCUGUGGUGCAUUUUAUCCUGGAGCGACAGCGUUUUGGGCAUGAUAGCGAUGCAAGUGUGGGCAUUGAGAAGCUCCUCUCGGACGGGGUGUACACAAAUGCCUACCCCCUACACGAUGGGGAUCUCAAAACGCCUGAGAGUCAGCGCUUUCUGCUCAUGAAUGAAUGGGCAUCGGUGAAGCAGUGGAUAAGGCAUCAACCACUUGAUCACAUUCGGGAUUACUUUGGGGCACGUAUCGCCCUCUACUUUGCCUGGUUGGGCUUCUACACGCACAUGCUGAUCCCAGCUGCAAUUGUGGGUCUCCUGUGCUUCCUCUAUGGACUCGCAACGCUCUUCUCCAAUCAAAUCAGCGAGGAUAUCUGCCAGGCGGGCAAGAGUAUUAUUAUGUGCCCUCAAUGUGAUGCCAAAUGUGACUAUUGGUACCUCUCGGAGACGUGCAUUUACUCCCGGUUUGCUCAUUUAAUUGACAACAACGUCACCGUCUUCUUUGCCUGCUUUAUGUCCAUCUGGGCUGUGGUUUAUCUGGAAUUCUGGAAGAGGUAUUCAGCCAAAAUAAUCCACAGAUGGGGUCUCACGGGAUUCUGUCAUCAGGCAGAACAUGCACGGCCACAGUACCUGGCCAGACUGCAGAGCACAAAAAAGAAAAAAUUCAACGUGGUGACCCAGACAUUGGAGCCAUCAGUGCCGUUCUGGAAGAAAAAAUUCCCCAUGUACCUCGUCAGCUUUUCCGUGAUCUUCCUCUUUAUAUUUUUAGCCGUUGCCGCGGUGUUUGGGGUGAUCAUCUACCGGAUGUCGACGACAACAACGAGAAAUCUCUAUGGGAAUACAGAUUCAAUGUCGUACAAGAUCAUGGUGACACCCGUGACGGCGGCACUGCUAAACUUGAUCGUAAUCACUGCCAUGAACUACGUCUAUGACUAUUUAGCGGUUUUCCUUACGAAUCUGGAGUACAGACGCACGCAGACGGAGUACGAUGAGAGUUUGACGCUGAAAAUCUACCUGUUUCAGUUUGUCAACUACUACUCAUCCAUUUUCUACAUUGCCUUCCUCAAGGGGAAGUUCGUGGGGUAUCCGGCAAAGUAUAAUAGGAUUUUUAAGUUGCGCCAAGAGGAGUGCAGCCCUGGGGGGUGCCUCAUGGAGCUGUGCAUACAGCUGGUGAUUAUAAUGGUGGGAAAGCAAGCCCUCAAUGCUGCCUUAGAGAUGGCUGUGCCAUUCCUCAUUAAAACCUACAAUACAAUAAGGAAUAAAUUUGUCCAGACAACUGAGGAGGAGGAUGGAGACAAACUCAUUUGCUGCAGUCAGUGGACGGAGGAUUACAAACUCCUGGCGUGGAGUAGUCGAGGACUCUUUGAUGAUUAUUUGGAAAUGAUAAUUCAGUAUGGAUUCAUUACAAUCUUCGUGGUUGCCUUUCCACUUGCGCCCCUUUUUGCGCUCAUUAACAAUGUUUUUGAGAUGCGUUUGGAUGCAAAGAAGUUCCUCAAAUUCUACAGACGACCUGUCCCGAAGAGGGUUAAGGACAUUGGGGUGUGGUACAAUAUAAUGCAUAUUCUCGUGAGGAUUGCCGUUGUUUCCAGUGCUUUCAUAAUUGCCUUCUCGUCAAAUUUCAUCCCACGCCUGGUUUACAUGGCAUCCGUUAAUCCGGAUAAGACAGACGUUGGCUACCUCAAUCAUACACUGGCUUACUUCAACACGAGCGACUUCCAAGAGGGCACAGCUCCACUUCAGACAAACUUUGCCAACGUUACAAUGUGCAGGUAUCAGGAAUACCGGAAUCCCCCGUGGGAUGGUCGCCCGUACAAGCGCCCCCUCAUCUAUUGGCACAUCCUGGCAGCACGAUUGGCCUUCCUUGUGGUUUUCCAGAAUGUUGUUGGGGCUGUGCAGAUGCUUGUUGCAUGGGCAGUGCCCGAUGAGCCACGACAUCUGCGGGAACGCAUUAAACGCGAGGAGUACCUCACGCGAGAGAUUAUAAUUGAGCAGGAACGUCUGAAGCAAGCCGAAGGGAGGAAGACUCCCAUCGUGGCCACAGUGCCCAAUGGGGGAGUUAAGCCAGAGGAUACGGGACAACCGAGGCACAGAGAAAGGAGAAACAGCACGGAAUCAACGUGAGUUCCAUUUCAUUUUUCUUUCACGCGAGUGAAAGUUAUUUUCACAAGAAUUGAGCUUUUCAUGGGGAAGAAACUUGGGGUGAUUUUGAGCUUUUUCUUUCUUAAAAAAAAAAAGAAUUUAUUUCUUUAAAAAUUUUAGAGAAAAGUUAUGAGAAAAUUGGUUUCGGAAGAAAGAAAGAAAAAGCUCUGAAUGUCGGCAAAGCUUUCAAGUUUCUUCAACCCCAUGAAAGUUUCAAUAAAAUUCACAUGUUCCUUCUUGUUAGUUUUUUUUGUAACUUUUGUGACUUUUAUUUUACUUAAUAAAUUAAAGCAAAAAAAUGGGAUAAAUUAAUUGGAUUAUGCGGCAAAAUUAAAAAAAAAUAUAGUUAGCAUUAAUAAAUUGAUUAUUUUCUUGCAAAUUGAUGGGCUUAAUAAAAGUGCCUUGAUGAGGAAUGAUUGACAAAAAAUAAAUAAAGGAUAAUUGGUUAGUGAAAAGGGAUAUUUAUAUAAAGAAAAAUUAAAUUAUUAAUUGGAAAAAAAAUAUACCAAAAGUUUCAUGGGAAGGAAUUAAAAAAAUUAAAAGAAUUUGGUGCUGCUGUUUAAAAAAAAAACUAAAUUUUUGGGUAAAUUCUACUUGGAAAUAUUUUUUUCUUGCAAUUUCUGAAGCUUUUUCUGGUAUUCUGUGAAGAAGAAUUCAAAGAUUUGAUUGUUCUAAAAGUUUAGUAAUUUUAGACACAUUUUGUGCUAUAAAAGAAAAUAUUUUCAAUAGAAUCAGACCCAUUUAAUAUUUAGAAAAAAAAAGAAUUCUUGCUCUUGCCAAUUAAGCCGCCUGAAAGCUUACAAAAUAAAAAGAAAACGCGUUUAUUACAAAAAAAAAGUUGUUGAUGUUUGUAAGUUUCUAAAUUUUCUUAAUGCAUUUAAACUUUUGACACUCUAUACAAACCAUUCUUAAAAUGACUGAUUUUCUGUUUAAUUUUCCUCUUUUUUAUAUGAAAAAAAAAAUCCCCAAAAAGUCUUUAAUAUUUGAUUUUCACACAAAUAAAAAGGAAAAUCAUUUCACAACGAAAAGCUAUUAAGAAAAAUAUUCACACGACAAUCUUUUUCACACACAUAAUAUUUUUUGGUCACCUUUUUACAAAAGAAGAAGAUUUAAUAAAUUUUAUGAGGACCUAAAAAAAAGAAAUAUUUAUUACCUACAUAUAUAACAUGAGAAAUAAUUUAAUUUUAAAAUAUUGACAGUUAUUGUGACUCUUCUACGAUAUUAUUUACAAAACAAAAUAUAUUAUAUUAUAAAAAAAAACAGAAAAAUAACAAUAAAUUGAUGUUUGAGGAGAAGAAA